GCACUCCUAAACGAAUACUCAGUGAAUUGUUACAUAUAAUUCAUAUAUGCGAAGAUCCGAUUUUAUUGCAAGUUAUGACAUUUAAUGUUAGACGCGUAGAUAUUAUCGUUGAGCAUUUAAAGGAUUUUUUGAUGCAAUCAUUAUGCAAGAACUAUGAAAUAUAUUGUAUGUAUGCAGUGCAGUAUGUAGCAUUUCAUCCAUAACAUAUAUGUGGAUGAUGUUAUUUAAAGUUAUGAUAGACUCAAUAAUAUUUCAUGAAUAUUCAAGCAUAAGAAACAAGAUGGAAAAUUUAAUAAUUAGGAAUGAUGUGAAUCAGUAUUGCGCGAUAUGUAAUCGUAUCUAUCAUAAAGGUACAUUUUUUAGUGACUAAACUAGCCAUAUCUAUCCAAAAUUGACGAUUUAAAUGGUGACUAACCCAGUCAAAAAGAGGGAAGCCUGACAAGCUAUAUUUUAGAAUUGUUGCCUGUGACUAAUGAAGCAAUUUGUUGAGCAGAUAGUUAAAACAGAGUGUUGCUGGUAUACAAAGAUCGGCAACAUUGCAUUGUGAUUAUGACGUAAAAUAUAAAAGAUGAGAAUAUAUAUUAUGAAAUAAAAUAUAUUGUGUUUUUAGCUUUUGUAGAUUUUUCUUUUAUAAAAAUACUGAUUUGAAGACCACUAACAAGCAAAAAAUGACGCUUGACGUUGUUCACCAGCUGUCCAAACUUGAACCACUUCCAGAUUUGUCUGAUAUUUUGUCAGAUGGUUCAGACUAUCUCGACUUCAUACUGGACGAAGAAGAAUGCCGGGAAUCACCGCCAAUAUUUGCGACAGAUAAAAAUGACGAACUCCCGCAAAUUCCGGAAAGUUUCGUGGCAGAACUUCUAUCGCCGCUUUCAGAUGAUAGCAAUACAUUUACGAACAAGUCCGACAGAUUCGAUAUUUUGGAAGAGAUUACAACUGCAAAUUCUCCAGAAUUGCCAAUUGAUGAUGCAAUGACUGCAAGUCCCUUGUUUACUCUGAGGCCUAAGUAUGAAUUACCAUGUGUUCAACGCCAGUCAUUUUUACAAGUGCCGCCCACACGCAUGGAACAAUGUGUCCCAAAUAACAUGGUUCAAGGAGUAUAUCACUUCACUAAUGGUGAUCUAACUCCACCAAUUUCACCAACUGAGGGAUCGAACCCACCAUAUGAAUAUUGCUCUUCAUUACCCAACCACGUACAGGUAAAUGAAAUGUUCAACUCUACUUUCAAUAGACAAAAUGUUGCGUACAACCGUACUCCGAGUGACGUUCCGUCGUUUACAGUCGGUGCUACGUCAAAUGGCAACACAUGCAGCCCAAACAUGCCAAUGAAUUCCGUGACGUCAAAUAUGUCAUCCAGUUUUACAAAGUGUGCUUCCGUAACCACAAAUUUUACUUCCGGAUUUCAAAAUCAAUUUUCACAUACGCAUUGUGACGUUCAACAACUACAUCAACAUUAUUAUGAAAGUCAUCAGUUCAACAACUAUCAACACAAUGGAAUGAUUUUUGAUCCACAACAUGCAGAUGUGUUCACACAAAAGGUUCCAUUUCAAACGCAAUAUUAUAACCAGCAAAAUGGUUUUGAAAAUUUCCCUCCAUAUCUAAAAUCCACAAAAUCUGCAGCCAAAAAGCCACGACGAACUGGAACAAGACGGAAGAAGGCUACAAUUCAUGUUUGUGAACAUGGAGGAUGCGGCAAAACUUAUAAUAAAAGUUCACACUUGAAAGCUCAUAUGAGAACACAUACAGGUGAAAAACCUUACCAAUGUACGUGGGUUGGAUGCGGUUGGAGAUUUGCUCGUUCAGACGAACUCACACGUCAUUUUCGAAAGCACACAGGACAUCGUCCUUUCAAAUGUACUCUUUGUGAAAGAGCUUUCAGUAGAUCAGAUCAUUUGUCUCUUCAUAUGAAACGCCAUACAUGACAGAAAUCAAAUUGUAUUUGAAUGUGAUCGAUAAACUGAUGACGUAAGAUAAAUGAAAUCAAAUCGCUCCGAGGAUCGUGGAGAAAAUGAGAUUCAAACUGAACGAUUGUGUCAACCAACUAAGCCAAGAAGAUUUAUUUGAAUUAUACAAUCAUAUAUUUGUGCCAAUUUAGGAUUUAAAUGCUAUAUGAACAUUUUUUAAAUUGUUAUGCUUUUUUAGUUGCAGUUUUUUAUUUUUUUAUUUUUAUUCUUGGUAAAGUACAACAUUGUAUAACACAGUUCCGUCACGACACCUGAAAAAUGGUGUUAUUUUAAGUUUCUUUAGAAUACGUUUUAUAUUUUUCUCAACAGUUUUUCAUGCGAAAAAUUGAAUUAAACUUGUUUUAAUCAACUAUUUGCAUAAUAGAAAUAUCGUUAUCACUGGUGAUUGAACAAUGAAGCAUUAUUGUCAUUAAUUUUUCACUGUGACGCACUAAUCUAUUUUUGAAAGAAAGUGUAAUCCUUUUCGAACAAAAUAUAUCAAAAGAAAUAAAAUAUGGCCAAA